AUGAGUCUACCUUCCGAUCUCAAAGACUUGUACCUGAAACUGUUAAAGGAUUUGCAGGAUUCCCUGUCCUCCAAACAACAGCAACUCAGCUUGACAUACCAAAAGGCCCAUAAAAACUUACAGCAAGCAGAGGGGGUGUUCUACUACAUUAGGGACUUGAAGAAAGUCAAGGGGAUUGGUGAUACGAUCAUAAAACGCUUGGAAGCUAAGUUAAACGAGCAUUGCAAACAGUUGAACAUCGAACCACCACCUGCGAGCAAGCCCAAGGAAACAAGCUCCAAAACGAAAAGAAGCAGAACUCAACUGAGGACAGAUGAUACCGAGCAAGAUGGGCAAAAGAAAAAGCCGAAAAGAAGAUACAUCCCGAAGAGACGAUCCGGAGGCUACGCGAUCAUGCUUGCCUUGCUGGAACUGAGAGCAGUUAAUCGCGCAGUCUCCAAAGAGGAUAUAAUAGAUGUUGGUCAGAAGUACAGUGACUCAAGUAUGGUUCCCAACCAUUCUACAAAGGAAUUCUACGGCGCUUGGUCUUCCAUUGCUUCCUUGAAAAAUCAUAACCUGGUGGAAGAGGAGGGCAGACCCAAGAGAUACUUUCUAACUGAUCCUGGGGUUGAGCUGGCAAAAAUGCUACAGGCUGCCGAUGACAUUGCCAUGAAGAAAAUUGACGAGGGGACGACUACCAAGGGGAAAGAUUCCUUUUUUGAAGAACCUGAAGAGACUGCCAACCUGAGUGACCUUAUUAAGGCUCAUAGUCAAAUACAGAUAAAGAAUCGAGACAAAAGUAGUAUGUCGUUUCUGGAUACCACUUUCCAAACCACUAGUACACCGAGAGGCUCCAAAUUAGCGGCACCAUCGGUAAGUUCAAAUACUGAUUUGAGAGAGGCGGAAAACGAACUGUUCUCGUCGUCGCAUGAAAGGAACCCACGUAAAAAAUUCGAGGGGGUGAGUUAUGAACUUUGGACAAAGGACUCAUACGAGAUAUACCCAAUUGUUGAUCGUCGCGAAAUAAAAUCUCAAACUGACCGUGACUUCUUCGCGAAAGCUCUGGCACGGAAGGGCCUGAAGACAGAUAUACGACAACUCUCUCUAGGUGACAUUAUUUGGGUGGCUAAAAACAAGAAAACUGGAUGCCUAUGCAUUUUGAAUACUAUUAUUGAAAGGAAAAGAUUAGAUGACCUGGCCCUCAGUAUUCGCGACAAUAGGUUCAUGGAGCAGAAGAACCGUUUGGAGAAUUCUGGUUGCGCUCACAAGUACUAUUUGAUCGAAGAGACAAUGGGUGGUUCUGUAGGGAAUAUGGGCGAAGCGUUAAGGACAUCACUUUGGGUAAUAUUGACUUACUAUAUGUUUGGCGUUAUACGAACAGCAAAUUCCGAACAAACGGUAGAAAAAUUGAAUGCCCUACACUGUGUCAUCGAGCGGUUUUAUGCUGAUAAAGAAUUAUUAGUAAUUUUCCCUAAGACAGUUAACAAUAAGGUGGAGUACAAACAACUGCUGACGAGAUUCCAGCUAGAAUUCAGCAAAAAAUCGAACAUAGAAUGCUGCCACACAUUUGAAUGUUUUCAGGAAAUUAUGAGCAAGAACGAACUGAGAACCGUAGCGGAACUGACAAUACAGAUUUUGCUGUACGUCAAGGGUGUGUCACUUGAGAAAGCCAUCGCCAUCCAGUCAGUUUUUCCGACAUUGAAUCAUCUGCUCACAGCGUACCGUAACUGCAAGUCUGAGCUAGAGGCGAAAAAACUGCUCUAUCAUAAACUCGGCAACAUCCCAGGAAACAAAAAGAUCACCAAAAAUCUAUCAGAAAGGAUCGCAGAUGUUUUUUCAACCAUAUAG